UAGUGAAUGGCUGUCCUCACUACACACCUCCACUCUCCUAGUCCUAUAUUAUCAUCUCCCUUUUCAUAUUUCUCUCUCUCUAUCUCUCUCCAUGGCAGCACUGCAGUCUCUGGCCUUCUCUUCUCCCAUCUCUCAUUGCGCCCACCACCCUCGCUGCAUUCCAGCAACAACUCAUUCUCGUGUAAGCUCAUCGUUCAAUGGCCAAUCUUUACAUCUAUCAAACUCGAAUUUCCCCAAACACAGCCAAAUACACAGCACGCGCAGGUUCACUGUGAUGAUGGUGAAACCAACCAUCCAAUUCAUACAGGGGACUAACGAGCAGACGAUCCCAGACGUGAGGCUAACAAAGUCAAGGGACGGGACUAACGGCAUGGCCAUCUUCACGUUCACCGAGCCAUCUGUUUUUGACUCAUCCACCGUAGUUGGUGACAUAACGGGCUUCUACAUGAUUGAUGAGGAAGGAACAAUUCAGUCAGUUGAUGUGAAUGCAAAGUUCGUGAACGGGAAGCCUGCUGGGAUCGAAGCCAAGUAUGUCAUGCGCACUCCGCGAGAGUGGGACAGGUUCAUGAGGUUUAUGGAGAGGUAUGCCGAAGCAAAUGGAUUGUCAUUUGUGAAGAAAUGAAGUGGUGAAAAUCUUUUUCACUCUUCUGCUUUCAAUUUUUUAUUCUAGUUUCCAUCUGUUGUUGAGUGAGAGAGAUAUUGAGAAGGUAUAUGUCAUUUGAUAAGAUGUCCUCAAAGGUAUGAAGGGUUUUGGUACUUGAUUC